UUCGAUUAUGUCACCGUUAACUUCUAACUUCACGUCUUCACCAAUAAAAUCCUGUAAACUUCCCGCCAUUAAAUCUUCUAAAUUACGAACCCUAAUUUUUAGCCCAUGGAUUCUUUAUGCUUCAAAUUCCAAUCUGCAAUUACUUCAAACAUCAAUUCAGUUCGUCAAUCGCAAAUUCAAAGUAGAUCAUUCACAAUUGGUGGUGCCAAUGCCCAUAAUGUUCGCAUCAAUUCUAACCUAAACAAUCGCCGUUUUGUCUCUGUGCAAACACGUAGCUCGUUUUCGCAUUCUCAAAGUGAAGAAGAACAAGAAGAAGGAUCGGUUGAAGAGAUUAGGAUCCCGAAAGCCUGGUUGAAUUCUUCGAAAGCUUUGGAGGAAUCAGAAUGGUUAAGAGUAACUCUACACAAGUGGUUGGAUGACGAAUAUUGUCCAGAGCCAACUAAUGUCGACAUUAGCAAUGUUGCAGCUAAAUCAUACUAUAAAUCUUUGAUUGAGAACCAAACAGACUUGGGUGAUAUUUUGCUCAGGAUGGCAAUGGACCUGGAAACCAUAUCUUAUCAAGAAAGCUUUCAUGGAGCAUUCUCGUCAGCAAAUGCAGCUGUAAACCUCAUACUUCAGCGAAUACUGCACGAGUAAAUGCUUAGCCUUGACCGGGUUUGACGCAAUUUUUGGUAUGUUUGGAUGGUGAAUCUGAAACAUGUGAUUGUUUGUUUAGGAAUUGUGGGUCAUGUUUGGUAAUUGCUGAACUGUUUUAAGGUCAUCAAUGCCACCAGACCAUAAAACCAUGGGUUUAUUGACAUUUGACUGCAAUUUUGUGUGGUGGCUCUUUAAUUUACUGGAACAUGAAUUUAUUGGCACAUGGUAAAGUGACCAGAGUUUUGUGUA